GAGGGCCCGCGUGAGCGUCACAUUCAGACAGGCAGUAUUCUGGCAGUGAUGUGUGUGGUGCGGCAUUCACCACACUCACCACCAGACCACAUACUCUGGUUCCAUGGAGCAACCAACAUUGACUAUGACUCCUCCAGGGGUGGAGUCUCAAUCCAGACUGAGAAGUCACCGAGGAAGACGGUGAGUAAGCUGAUGUUGUCAGCGGUGGAACAAGCUGACACGGGAGAGUACACUUGCAGUCCCACCGACCUGCAGCCUGCCGUCGUCACCGUACACGUGCAGGACGGUACGGAAAAAGUAGGUCAAAUACAGCAGCCGGUGAAGCAGGGUCCUGGGCGAAGUACAGCCUCCACCACCUCCUUCCUCAGCACUGUUCCCACUCUGGUGUUAGUGAUGAUUCUGGCCUCUGUUAUGUGCAGCAUUUCCACCUGAGUACCAACACGGCACAGCAACUGUUGGAGAGAAUGAGACUGCAACUAUAGGACAGUGUGGGACAGCAAUGGAGAGCAGCUGGAGGCAAUGGUGGAGCCGUGUGCUCAGGCAGGCUCCAGUUGUCCACAUUACAAUGAGGAGCCUCACAUGAAGACUAACGGGAAGACUGGGGAAAAUAUAAUAGCAAUAAAUGAUUGGUGGUGAAGAAAUACUCUUCGGAGGACGACGUGUUACUUUACUGGGUUCUUGUUUACAAACAGUGUAUACAAGGGUUGCCCUGUGGGCCAGCCAGGGCCCCCAGCCUGCGAGGGAGAGGUGGGAGUUGUAGCUCGUAGGAUGUCUGCCGCGUUAGUGAGAAAAAUGUCGAGUCAUUAUGUGAAAAGGAACAGUUACAGUGAACAGUGAGUUUGAAACGAAAGUAGAUGGAAACAAGAGAAAGAACAGUUACACUGACUGCGAUAGAGUAUGAGAUAAAGAUGGAAAAUAACAUCACAGAUUUUGGAGUGUCAUGGCCACUCUCGGGACGUUGGUAAGUACUUGACCAAGCCCAGC